UAUAAAACGUUUGACGUUUCGAAACGUUUCUUCGUUCGAUCCAAAUAGAAGUGUUAAAUUUUGUUUUUCGUGAAUUUCUUUCACUAAAAAAGCCAAAAAAACUUUCAAAAUUUUAAUUUCCGAUUAAUUUUUUGCAGUCGAAAUCAAUUUUCCAAAAUGGUUGAUGUGAAAAAAUUCAGUAAUAUUGACCUUUAUGGUUUAAUUGGGGUUGAACUUACCGCUACCGAGAGUGAGAUCCGAAAAGCAUAUCGUAAAAAAGCAUUGGCCUGCCAUCCGGACAAGAAUCCCGACAAUCCGAAAGCGGCAGAACUUUUCCAUGAAUUAUCAAAUGCACUGGGAAUUUUGACCGAUGAAUCAGCUCGUGCUGCGUAUGAUCGCGUUUUAAAUGCCAAGAAAGCGGCUGCCUUACGACACGCAGAAUUGGAUAGCAAACGGCGAAAAUUGAUUGAAGAUUUGGAACGUCGUGAAAAGGAGGCAAGUGCGAAACAAAAGUCUCGUAAAGGCGGUUAUUCUGCUGAAAAAUCGCCCGAAGAACAGCUCAAAGAUGAAAUGGAACGAUUGCGUAAGGAAGGUUCACGUUUGUUGGAAGAAGAACAAGAAAUGAUGCGUAAACAGUUGGCUGAAGACCGUUUAAAAAUGCAAGAGGGCUCAAGUCAAUGGGAUUCGUCACUGCAUCGUAUCAAAAUCAAAUGGAAAGCCGAAAAAGGUGACGAUACAAAUGGCGGCUAUAACGAAACGAACCUCCGAAAUUUUCUCAAGAAAUACGGCGACAUUGUUGCACUAGUUAUAUCGGCAAAGAAAAGAGGGAGUGCUGUCGUUGAGUUCAAGUCACAGGAAGCAGCCGAAAUGGCAAUCGAUUAUGAAAAAGGGAAUAUGGAUAACCCGUUGGAAUUGUCAUGGAUAGGAAACGCACCCAAAAAUACGAAUCGAACUGGCAACGGUUCCACCACUAUAACAGACAACGAUUAUGAAUCAAUCGUACUGCGCCAAAUGCGACAAGCCGAAGAACGAAAACGAUUGAUCGAAGAGAUGAUGCGACAAGAUGCCGGAGAUGAAUAGAAAACAUUAAUCUUGUACAUUAUUAUAAUAUUUAAUAUGUUAAAUUCUUAAUUAAUUGAUAACAGAAACGAAAUACAUAUUUUUACUGAA